UCAGGCUUUCACUCCCCUGCAACAGCACAACUCUCUGCUGCAGCCAGCUGGGAAUCAGCAUCAUGAAGUGGAUGGUACUGGCCUUGGUCUGCCUCCAGGCCUUGGCGGCAGCAGCAUUGGUCAAAAUUCCCUUGAAGAAAUUUAAGUCCAUCCGUGAGACCAUGAAGGAGAAGGGCCUCCUGGAGGACUUCCUGAGGACCUACAAGCACGACCCGGCCCAGAAGUACCGCUUUGGUGACUUCAGCGUGGCCACCGAGCCCAUGGACUACAUGGACGCUGCUUACUUUGGCGAGAUCAGCAUUGGGACGCCGCCACAGAACUUCUUGGUCCUUUUUGAUACCGGCUCCUCCAACCUGUGGGUGCCCUCUGUCUACUGCCAGAGCCAGGCCUGCACCAGCCACACCCGCUUCAACCCCAGCCUGUCCUCCACCUACUUCUCCAAUGAGCAGACCUUCUCCCUGCAGUAUGGCAGCGGCAGCCUCACUGGCCUCUUAGGCUAUGAUACUCUGACGGUCCAAGGCAUCCAGGUCCCCAACCAGGAGUUCGGCUUGAGUAAGACCGAGCCGGGUACCAAUUUCCUCUAUGCGAAGUUCGACGGCAUCAUGGGCAUGGCCUACCCCUCCCUGUCCGUGGAUGGGGCCACCACCGUCCUUCAGGGCAUGGUGCAGGAGGGUGCCCUCACCAGCCCGAUCUUCAGCUUCUACCUCAGCAGCCAACAGGGCUCUCAGGAUGGGGGAGCAGUCAUCUUUGGGGGUGUGGACAGCAGCCUGUACACGGGGCAGAUCUACUGGGCCCCGGUCACUCAGGAGCUGUACUGGCAGAUUGGCGUUGAAGAGUUCCUCAUUGGUGACCAGGCUACGGGCUGGUGCUCCGCAGGCUGCCAGGCCAUCGUGGACACCGGCACAUCUCUGCUCACGGUGCCCCAGCAGUUCCUGAGUGCCCUUCUGCAGGCCACAGGGGCCCAGAGGGACCAGUAUGGACAGUUUCCUGUGGACUGUAACAACAUCCAGGACCUGCCCACCCUCACCUUUGUCAUCAAUGGCGUGCAGUUCCCUCUGCCUCCCGCCUCCUACAUCCUCAGUAAUGACGACAGCUACUGCGUCCUGGGGGUGGAGGUCACCUACAUACCCUCCCAGAAUGGCCAGCCCCUGUGGAUCCUUGGGGACGUCUUUCUCAGGUCAUACUAUUCCGUCUACGACCUGGGCAACAACAGGGUGGGCUUCGCCACAGCCGCCUAGACUCAGCGCCUGGACUCCCGGGCUUCCUUCUCCUUCUGGACACUCCACCCUACAGGGGCUUCUCUCUACACUUCCUCUCUGCAUUUAGCCUCCCUUCUCUGGACUCUGGACUUUCUCUAACAAUAAAUAGCUCUUCUCCA